CGACACCAGGACUCCUCCUACCCACCGUACCCCUAAAGCAGUCCCCACUCACAAAAGCCUGGGGCAUGGAGUACGGAGCUGGGAGGAGUCAGCAGGGAAGUCAAGGGCUUUAGAAAGGCUGUCUCUGCUGGAGAGCUUGGCAGCUGGCUGUAUCUGACUGGGUGUUUGAGAGACUCAUAACUGGAGAGUGCUCUGGCCUCACAGGCAUGGAGUGCAGGGCCACAUGCCACGGAGUGAGUUAAACAAUGGUUUUCAGCUACAAGGAUUUCAUGAAACAUCGGACUUCACAAAACUGGAAGAAAAUGUUACAGAUGCUCCAGUCAAGUGAUGUGUAAAGUUCUGCAAGAGCUCAUGGGAGUUGAGAAGCCUUCCAUCUCCCUGACGGGCCCAGAUAAGAGGAUGACCCCUUUCAGUUCAGUGUCUUUUCUCUGUACUGCUGGCCCUUUCAGCUCUAGAAACUUCAGUGUCAAUUGGUUGAAGAACAAUGAACAUCCAGCCUCAGUCCUACCCAUUGUACAGGCCAACAAUGACUCUUACUCUGUCACAAGCAAAGCAUGGGUGUCCCUGACCAAGCAAGAUAUCUUGUCUCAGAUCACCUGUGAAGUAACCCAUGGAGACCUCAAAGAACCCCUAAGAAUGACCAUUAAUCUUUCUCAAGUGCUCCUAGUUAUCCCCACACUGAAGAUCACCACUGAGCCCCCAGAGAUCCAAGAUCAUGAGCAUCAAAGAGUGAACCUGACUUGCCACAUAAACCACUUCUAUCCCCAAGACAUACACCUCAACUGGGCGAAGAAUAGGUGCACAAUCCCGACUGUGGAGCUCCCUCAGGCCACCAGAAACUCUGAUGGGACUUACUCUCUAAAGCACACAUUACAGGAAGAGGCUAUAUUAAAUGAGACUGAGUUUAUCUGCCGGAUAAUCCAGGAUGACCAGCCUCCAGUUGAGAACAGCAUCACCGUGGGAGCUCCCAGGAAGGUCAGAGGAAGGAAAGACUACUCUCAUCACCUUGAAGGGCCCCUGUGGCGAUUUACACCUGGAGCAAGCAUCCAAUUGAAAUACACCUCCUCUGAAUUACCAAACCGUCAGGUUACUGUGACCUGGCUCAAAAACAACCACAGCCGUCUCCAGACCCAGACCAACAUCUUCUCCAGUGGAGAGACUUACAAUGUGACUAGCAUUGUGCUCGUCCCCCUGGAAAGCAAUGACAUACUAUCUUUAGUUCUCUGCCUGGUUCAGCACAAGUCGUUAGUGGUUUUCCAGAAAGUCAUCCACUUAAGCCAAUACCUCUACGUUCCUCCGGCAGUGAGAGUGUCCCAAUCUUCAACUGUCUCCAGUUUGGUGGCUGUUACUUGCCAUGUGCAGAGAUUCUAUCCACAGGAUGUAUAUCUCACCUGGCUGGAAGACUGCCAUGUGAUCAGGAGAAUAGAGCAACCUACACCUAAGAGGAAUGAGGAUGGGUCCUACACUCUGGAAGUCCUGCAGUUGGUAAACACAUCAGUGCAGAGGUCUGAUCAAGUACUCAGUUGCAAUGUAGAACAUGAGGAACAGCCUCCCAUCCAGGCCAGUAUUGUACUGUCUGCAGCAUCCUUUCCCACAUCCAAAGCCAUCAGGAGCCUAAGUUCAGAGAAAUCUAUCCACGUUUUUGUGGCUUUCCUUCUCUGCCUCAAGUUACUUCUGGUGGUGAGUUUACUAGUCAUCUACGUGUAUAGGCGGUGGAGCCUGUGACAAGACCUCAAGUGGAGAGAAGAUGCAAGGACCCACAGUUGAUCCAAGACUCCUUCUCUUCACUCAUCCACCUCCACCACAGAUGCACUCCCCCUGCACACUGUCAGGCACAGACUUGGAUUGUUUAGGGAUGUUUCAGACUCAAGGCACUGAAUUUCAAAUGAGCUCUUCUUACAUCCAAAAAGGCAAUUUGGUGAUAAGAAAAACAGAUGUUCACUCUGUCUCUGGUCAUGGCUAAUCCUUAAUUUUCCAGUUCUCACUACCAAUUAAAAUUUCUGCAAGCAAGAUUUAAUUUUAACAGACACAAAACUUAAAAUUACUGGACUGUUGAAAAAGAAUUUUCCUAUCUUGAAAUGGGAUUUAAAACAGUAUAAAAUACCUUUAGAUCCAUUAUACCAUUUUGUAAAAUAUAACAUUUUAUCUACAUCUUCUUCAAGUUUCUUUUUUAUAUUGCCCUGAAUUUCCUGGAUUUCUUUCUCAAUCAUGGUUUUAUACUGUUAUGACACAGACAUAACCUUUAAACAGCUUAGAGUGCUUUCUCUUUUUAUUAUUCUUUAUAAAAUCUAUGAUAUCAUAUGUAAUGUCUUGAAACUUUAUUUCAGUUUUAUACUUACUUGUGAAUUUAUUAAUUGGAAGCAUUACUAUUUUACCCAUUUUAUACUGCUCUGUCAUCUUCUAUCGUAACAUUAUGCCAUAUUUUGUUAAUCUAUCUUACAAUGCUUAUAAUGUAUACUGAUUAUUCAAUGUUUUUGCUAUUACAAUGUUGUGACAUUCUUUUCCUAAUCUCUUUGAGCAUAUGAGCGAAUCUUUCUUGUUUCUUAAGCAGGACACAAAGCUACAGUGUUAGUAACAUUUAUAUGUUUUGUUACCUCAAAAAUAAAUUUUCAGUUUUCGAACAAAUGAACCAAAUGUUCUUAUUUGGUUACACA